AUGAUCUGCCGGACCUGUCUGCGCCGAGCCGCGGGGCUCGCAAGCCGCCAACUCAACCUGUCGUCAACAACCACCCUCUCUCAGACACUAGCUGCCCCCUUCUCUACAACAACACUACGAACUUUCAGCACUUCUCUACCCAUCCUUAACACCUCCUCAGCUUCAGCAGAAGCGCAACCAGCAGCAGCACAAGGCGCCCCCGACCUGAACCCUGUGACCCCUGGCGCUGCGGCCGCGGCCGCUGAGGGUGAGGGCAAGAAACCUCUGUCAUCCUGCCCGGCCGGCACGGUACUCAAGGGGCUGAACUACUUCAAGGGCAAGAAUGACCCGGUGGCGCUGCCGGAUGAGGCGUACCCGGAGUGGCUGUGGCGGUGCCUGGAGGUGAAGAAGAAGACGAAUGAAGGGGAGGAGGGCGUUGAUGUCGGCGAUGAGUUUUCCAAGUCCAAGAAACAACGCCGCCUCGCGCUCAAGCGGCUGCGGGCUCAGGAGGCCAAGCUGCUGGCGUCGGGCGACCUGGAGGCGCUGGCGCCCAAGAUCCCGCUGCAGCAACAGAGCAUCAACCUUCCGGGCGCCGAGACGGGCUCGCUGCAGGAGGCCGUCGCCGCCGUCGACGCGCGCGAGGCCCUGCGCCGUGCCAUGCGCAAAGAGCGCCGCGCCAAAAUCAAGGAGAGCAACUACCUCAAGGCUAUGUAA